AUGUCGCCAAAGCCGCCGCCGCCGCCGCCGCCGCUGUCGCCGCUGCGGCGGCCGCUGUCGUGCCCCGCCGCUGCCGUCGCCUUGGCAGCCCCUGCGGCUGCCGCGGCCGCCGCUGACGACGCCACCGCGGCCGCCGUCGUUGACGCCGCCGCGGCCGCCGUUGACGCCUCCCCGGCCGCUGUUGACGCCUCCGCGGCCGCCGUUGACGCCUCCGCAGCCGCCGUUGACGCCUCCGCGGCCGCCGUUGACGCCGCCGCGGCCGCCGCCGCUGUCGCCGCCGCGGCCGCCGCCGCCGUCGCCGCCGCGGCCGCCGCCGCCGUCGCCGCGGCAUUCGCCGCCGCCGCCGUCGCCGCGGCCGCCGCCGCCGACGCCGUCGCCGCGGCCGCCGCCGCCGCCGCCGUCGCCGCGGCCGCCGCCGCCGCCGUCGCCGCGGCCGCCGCCGCCGCCACCGUCGCCGCGGCCGCCGCCGCCGCCGUCACCGCGGCCGCCGCCGCCGCCGUCGCCGCCGCCGCCGCCGCCGCCGUCGCCGCGGCCGCCGCCGCCGCCGUCGCCGCGGCCGCCGCCGCCGCCGCCGCCGUCGCCGCGGCCGCCGAUGUAGCGGCCGCGGCUGCCCCCGCCGAUGUCGCCGCCGCGGCCGCCGCCGCCGAUGUCGCCGCCGCGGCUACGGCCGCCGCCGCCGAUGCCGCCGCCGCGGCCGCGGCCGCCGCCGUCGAUGUCGCCGCCGCGGCCGCCGAUGUAGCGGCCGCGACCGCCGCCGCCGCCGCCGAUGUCGCGGCCGCGGCUACGGCCGCCACCGCCGAUGUCGCCGCCGCGGCCGCGGCCGCCGCCGUCGAUGUCACCGCCGCGGCCGCCGAUGUAAUGGCCGCGACCGCCGCCGCCGCCGCCGAUGUCGCGGCCGCGGCCGCCGCCGCCAUAGUCGCCGCCGCCGAUGUCGCCGCCGCGGCCGCCGUCGCCGCGGCCGCCGCCGCCGACGCCGCCGCCGCGGCCGCCGCCGCCGCCGCCGUCGCCACGGCCGCCGCCGCCGCCGUCGCCGCGGCCGCCGCCGCCGCCACCGUCGCCGCGGCCGCCGCCGCCGCCGUCACCGCGGCCGCCGCCGCCGCCGUCGCCGCCGCCGCCGCCGCCGCCGUCGCCGCGGCCGCCGCCGCCGCCGUCGCCGCGGCCGCCGCCGCCGCCGCCGCCGUCGCCGCGGCCGCCGAUGUAGCGGCCGCGGCUGCCCCCGCCGAUGUCGCCGCCGCGGCCGCCGCCGCCGAUCGGCCGCGACCGCCGCCGCCGCCGCCGAUGUCGCGGCCGCGGCUACGGCCGCCACCGCCGAUGUCGCCGCCGCGGCCGCGGCCGCCGCCGUCGAUGUCACCGCCGCGGCCGCCGAUGUAA